AUGGCUAAUUCCAUAGUUUAUUGGCUUGUGUUACUUUUGGUUGCGACCUCCAUGUGCACUAAACCAGAUGGUACAACUGAUGCCUCUCAGCCAUUCAUCAAGGCAUGGGCAUUGGCAUGUAGCUCGGUCCGACAGUCGAAACUUUACGUCCCUAAAGGACGUUACUUACUAAACCAAUUAGCGUUUAGAGGACCGUGUAGGAAUCAAAUCAAAGUUCAGAUUGACGGUACUCUAGUCGCUCCAGAUGAUUACCGUGUUAUUGGCAACUCGAACUACUGGAUAUUAUUCAUUCAUGUUAACAAGAUUUCAGUUAUCGGUGGAACACUGGAUGCCAAAGGAGUUGGUUUUUGGGCAUGUAGAAGAUCGGGAAAGAAUUGCCCAGUUGGAGCUAAUGUGUAG